UCCAGAGGCAGACACAAUGAACCGUCGGACGAUGUAAAGCACGCAUGUGGGCUGAAGGCACGGGCAAGUUUGGGCAGUAUAUAUUCUUAUUUUGUUUUAUAUAAUUGGAUGUUUUCGAGCAUACUUAUCAGACUUUGACGGUAUAGGAAUAGCUAGAAAGGUCGGUCCAACGAGUUAGUCUGCUAAAAACGAAGUCGACAUCUCUGGCUCAUCCGCUUCGAAAACGACUCUGAAAACAAGACGGAAUUUUACAAGAUAAAGGACUUGCUAAAGUCAACGGUAAACAUUAUGUCGAUGAUGGACUAUUCCGAUUACUUCGCCGCCGAAUGUCUGGUGUCGAUAUCUAGCGGUCCCGUCUUACACCGACCCACCCCAGUUGCAGCCCAGCCCCCUCCCCAGGCCCUUCUUCCUGGGGAGCCUGAAGGGUCGAACGAGGACAGGGAGGUGCGCGAGACAAUGAGACUCGAGGGGGCCAACAUGAUGAAGGUGGCCGGGAUCCUUACGGACCUCCACAGUAAAUUCCGGCCCAUGUCGGCCUACUCGGAAAGCAGCAACUCCUCGUGUGGGGAGAGCGGCUACACCACGUUGUCUGACUCAACUACCCCUACCAUGACCCCCUCUGCUACUCCAAUUCCUGGACAGUACAAUGCCACUCAGCAACAGUGGGGAGGAGGAGCGCCUCGGUCCCCAGUAAAACGACACCAGUGCACUUUCGACGGCUGUGACAGAGUUUAUGGGAAAUCGUCUCAUCUCAAAGCCCAUAUCAGAACCCAUACAGGUGAACGGCCCUUUCCCUGCACCUGGUCCGACUGUGAGAAGAAAUUUGCCCGCUCUGACGAGCUGGCUCGCCACAUGCGCACCCACACGGGCGAGAAGCGCUUCCUGUGCCCACUGUGCGACAAGCGCUUCAUGCGAAGCGACCAUCUCAUCAAGCACGCCCGCCGCCACCCCGACUUCCAGCCGUCCAUGCUGGGCCGUAAGAGCUCGUCCUCUGGGGGCCAGGGGGUGUCCAGCCCCGCCAUGGGCCAGUAGUGUGGAUGGGUCAGUGGGUUCACUCCCACAUCUAGGGCUGGGAUCAGCAAGGGUCACAGGGCAGUCAGCCCCAGCCUGUCCACCACUCACCACAAACAGGACCUGGGUGGGGUUGCAUUCACCACCACCCGCCCUCGAUGGACGAAGACGACACUACUCUCAAUGCUCAACACAACCUCAAUUCUCUCCAACCCUUUCCCCGAAAAGCACUCACGCAUGCAGGGAAUUCUCAAUGUCUUCAGUCCGCUGUCUCUGCACGCAGCAGCCAAAUGUUUUCCUCCUUUCUCAGUUUAUUUUAAAGAGAUGGCGCUACACGUUUUUUUUUACUGUGCCCGUUUUCUUUUUUUGUUAGCGCCAUUUUAGCGAUAUUUAGCUAGAGGCGUAGCAAGGUGGAGGUCGAGUAGAAGGGGAGCCGCAUUGCUGAUCCCACAGCCGCAGUUUUAGAGGUUGCACAUUCCAUGUGUUUUUGUCGUAUGAGUUUUUGUCGUUCAAAUAAAUUUAGUUGGCUUUAGGUAUGUCUUUUUUUUUUUUUU